AUUCCAUCCAAAACCAUUUGAACUAUUUGAAGUUUGUUUUUAUUCAUUAAAAGCAGUGGUAAGCGCGCGUCUCCUAGAUUGCCUUAGUCGUGGUGUUAGCUGUGCGUGCCCCACACAUAGUAUGUCUAUAGUAGAUGAUGAAGAAUUUGCAACCGGAGAUUCUGGGGCUUCAAAAACACUACCGAAACAGUGUAGUUCUUUGAGGAAAGGCGGAUAUGUCGUAAUGAAAGAUCGUCCUUGUAAAAUCGUGGACAUGUCUACGUCGAAGACCGGGAAACAUGGCUCUGCAAAAGUGCACAUAGUUGGGAUCGAUAUAUUCACUGGUAAGAAAUAUGAAGAAAAUCGCACAUCAUCACAUACUAUGGAUGUGCCUGUGAUAAAAAGUGAAGAUUAUCAACUGAUGGAUAUCAAAGACGGCUUCUUGUCACUAAUGGGUGAUGAUUUAUGCGUCAUCGAAGAUAUUCCCGUCCCUGACAAUGAAGUUGGAAAGGAAUUAAAAGAAAAAUGGAAUUCAAGAGGGGAGACAGAGAAUAUGAUUGUCACUAUAUUAUCUGCUAUGGACGAAAGGCAAGCACUAAAAGUUCGUACUACUUCAGACAAGUAAACAGAAUCCCAUUUGAAUAAAAUUUCACACGACACUAAUGUUAUUUGAAUCAGACCUUAGUAUCUCGUCAGUAAGGUUUCACUCUCCGCCUAAUAGUUUCCGAGUCAUACGUGGCGCCGACAUGUUCAUCCCAUGCUUUCCUACACUUGGCGACAAUCCAUGUGUGCUCCUCAUGAUCUAGUACAUCAAUAAUGUAGCACUAAACCUACCUGCAUUGCGAAGAAAACAUCCGUUAUAGUCUGUUACUACUCUUGUCAACGGAUUGUAGAAACCAUCACCAGUAUCGUAGCAUCCGUCUGGUAUUUGUGUUCUCGGUUCUUUGUCUACUAAUUGUGACCUUCCUGCAAAAUAGAGAAAUGUAUUGCUUGUAAUAUGAACAAUUCCAAAAC